AUGACUUGCAACGACUUCAAACGCUACCUGUUCAACGCCCCCACUGACAGCAUGGGAGAUCGGAAUCUGCUUCAAGAUGCCUUCGCAGCAUUGCCAUCACAGACCAACGUGGAUUUUAUGGGAGUUACGCAAGCUCUCAACUCCGGAGCAAAGAAUAUGAAGAAGCUGAAUGUCAAAGGCCUAUUUGACAAGGCGAUUGGAAACCUUAGGAAAAAGAUCGACUUGCUCUACAGCAUUCAAAUGGGGCUUCGAGAAACGAUUCGCGAAGUCGAAGUACCGAGUAAUGAACGUUAA